CCGCGCGCGCGCCUAGCGAUCGAUCUUAAACGUAUACCUAAUCUGUCGUGUGUGAUUCGUCAUUAAUAAUUAAGUAUGGCUUAUCAAUACACAAAUGCAGAAUACCUGGACAUGGUUCGUGCUUAUGCGCGUGCGAAUGAUAGCUUACCGGGUGCUAUCAAUUUGUACCGGGAGAUGUUCCCCAAUCGCCGAGUACCUACUGCCAGCGUAAUCUUAAACGCUAAUCAAAGCUACGAGACUUUGGACAGUUCCGUACUCCAACACAUGCCCAAGGACGAGCAGGAGCGGCAUACCCUGUCUCCCUACAAGCAAACAUUCUCGAGUAUUUCGAGAACAAUCCAGAAGCAAGUACUCACCAGUGCUUUCGAAAGUGUUAAAAUACCCAUUCGUGUUAAAUUAUGUGAAAGACAAUAUGCGUAAACGUGCCGAACUGUGUAUCACACGAGAAGAGAAGCUCACUUUGAACAUUUGUUAAGGCUGGACUCGUUAUUACUAUCUUAUUCGUCCUCACCUCUAUGUGCGGCGGUUCGCUGAUUUCCAAUACUCGCGUUUUGACCGCUGCUCACUGCUACACGGAUGGCAUUUUGACUGCUCAGUCUAUCACUGUCGUCCUCGGUUCCAACACCAUCUUCACUGGAGGUCAUCGCAUUGCCACCACCGAUAUCGCAGUCCACCCUAACUGGACACCUUCAAACGCCGCUAACGACAUUGCUGUUAUUCGCAUUCCUUCAGCAGCAUUCACUACUGUAAUCCAGCCCAUCGCUCUCCCGAGUGGCGGCCAGCUUGUCAACAAUUUCGUUGAUUGGAACGCUCUUGCAUCCGGAUAUGGUCUAACCAGAGACGGUGGCUCAAUUCCAACGAGCCAAAGACUUAGCUCCGUGAACCUCAGCGUCAUAACCAAUGCUCAAUGCACUGCUGUAUACGGCACCGACUUCGUCCAUGCCUCAAAUAUCUGCACCAGCGGUGAAGGCGGCAGAGGAACUUGCCAAGGUGACUCUGGUGGACCUUUAGCCGUUAACAUCGCUGGCAGACAGGUCUUGAUCGGAGUGACAUCAUAUGGAGCCAGAGCUGGUUGUGAGGCCGGUUUCCCUGCAGCUUUCGCAAGAGUUACUUCAUACGUAUCUUGGAUCAAUAAAUCUGGAAAUAAACAAAUCGAAAAACUGUUAUCCACGAUGAAGACUUUGCUGGUUUCGGUUGUACUAGCUGUUGCUAUCAGCGCUGUGUAUGGAGAAAAUAAUUACGAUGGCGCUUCUGUGUACGAUUACCAUAGAACAGUUGGUAUUCCAUUAGCUAGCAAAGUAAAGACCGCUGAAGAAUUAGGUUUGAAAUACUACCCCAGAAUCGUUGGUGGUUCGAUCACUGAUAUCGAGCAAGUUCCCUACCAGGCUGGACUCGUUAUUACUAUCUUAUUCGUCCUCACCUCUAUGUGCGGCGGUUCGCUGAUUUCCAAUACUCGCGUUUUGACCGCUGCUCACUGCUACACGGAUGGCAUUUUGACUGCUCAGUCUAUCACUGUCGUCCUCGGUUCCAACACCAUCUUCACUGGAGGUCAUCGCAUUGCCACCACCGAUAUCGCAGUCCACCCUAACUGGACACCUUCAAACGCCGCUAACGACAUUGCUGUUAUUUACCUUCCUUCUCCAGUAAUAACUAGUACUGGAAUCCAGCCCAUCGUUCUCCCUAGUGCCGAUCAGCUUGGUAACGAUUUCAAUGGUUUUAACGCUCUUGCAUCCGGAUAUGGUCUAACCAGAGACGGUGGCUCAAUUCCAACGAGCCAAAGACUUAGCUCCGUGAACCUCAGCGUCAUAACCAAUGCUCAAUGCACUGCUGUAUACGGCACCGACUUCGUCCAUGCCUCAAAUAUCUGCACCAGCGGUGAAGGCGGCAGAGGAACUUGCCAAGGUGACUCUGGUGGACCUUUAGCCGUUAACAUCGCUGGCAGACAGGUCUUGAUCGGAGUGACAUCAUAUGGAGCCAGAGCUGGUUGUGAGGCCGGUCUCCCUGCAGCUUUCGCAAGAGUUACUUCAUACGUAUCUUGGAUCAAUAGCCAAUAA